AAAUAUUUUGUGCUAUUCAAAAGAAAGUCUGUUUAAUAUUUUCAAGUUUGUUUUUCAAUAGGCACAUCCAGUAAUAGUGCAAUUCAUUACUUUUUUCAGUGUUUAAUGUUUUCUACUGAGUCAGCUAUCCCAAAAGCUAAAAAUGAAAAGAAGCGCUUUAAUUCUUCAAAUGGUGGAGGAUAGACAGCAAAAUGAGAAUCUUAAAGAGGCUUUGGAAAUCGACAAAGAAAACAUACCAUCUAGUCCUUCAAUCAUCGAAAAUACAUCUCCACGUCUGGGCCAAGAACAUCAGAUAAUACAAAACCCAAGCAAAAAAUCAAAUCCUUUAAAUGAGCCUGAAAGAGCUUGUCAAGAAAUAAAUACAGAACCAGACAUUACUGACAAAACUUCGGAAACUACAGAUGCUGUCCGACCACGUUCAAGAAGUUCCAGUACGAGCAGUUCUUCAUCCUCAAGUAGUAGCAGUACUUCAUCAUCUUCAAGUACUUCAGUUACAAGUGAAUUUCAAAAUACAACUAUUCCUGGUCCUAGUACCAGCAAUUUAAGACCUCAAACAGGUAACCCACGUUUAUACGCUCAAUCACCAAUACACCCAAAUGGAAGUGAUGGAUCUAAGUGA